AUGAGUAUCUGGACUUGUGGUCCAGAAGAUGGAGAAAGACUCGGAAGGCCACGGGAAAACUGGGAUCCUGGCAGAGUUCCAAUUCCUGAAGGUGUUUCUGUCGCUCAAAUUGCAUUGGGUUGGAAACAUGGCCAUUUUUUCACAGAUACAAACCAAUUUUAUUCAUGGGGUACCGGAUCUUCUUGGAGACUCGGUACUGGUGAGCAAGAAAAUCUUCCAAGACCAACAAGAAUCACAACAUUCCCCGAAAAAAUCAAAUUUAAACAAGUAGCGUGUGGUGAUAAGUUUUCAGCAUGUACAACACAGCAAGGUGAACUAUAUGCAUGGGGUUCUGGAUACGCUCACGUUCCAACACAACUUGAAUUACCAUGCCCAGCCGAAUUUAUCGCUUGUGGACAAAUCAUUCUUCUUGCAGCACUUUCAGACGGCACAGUCAUGGAGUUUUACAGACAUUCACUACCGACAUUACACUCAUUUGGAAAAGAUCAUAUCAUUUCCGUCGCAUGCGGACAAACUCAUCGUCUUGCUCUAGCAGAUAGCGGUCACGUAUACGCCUGGGGUGCUGGAUCAGCCACAGGAAUCGGUACAAGCGAAAUUCCGAAAAGAAUUCCAACUUUCGACAACAUUACAAUACAAGCAAUCUUUGCGUAUCACAACAGUAGCUAUUUCAUCGAUACCUACGGCUGUAUCUGGGCUUGUGGAACUAAUUCAAGUAAUUCUCUUGGAUUAGGCCACGCCCAAGAAGUUGUUGUUCCCACGAGGAUGACAUUCGAAUUCUCCAGGGAACAAAUCAUACAGAUCGCCUGCGGAGAUGAUUUCACACUCUUCCUCAGCGCGCAAGGAAAUGUCUGGGCCUGUGGAAACGGCGGCGAUUUCCGAAACGCAACAGGAAGUGUCGAGACACGGCCAAUACCUGUACCAGCCACAAAACUUGCCGGUAAAUUCAUCACACAGAUCGCUGCUGGAUGUUUUAACACGGCUGUUUUGGAGAACGGAUAUCCACCAUUUAAUAGGAUGGCCAGAUUCAGAGGUUUCUUUUCGGAGUUCGCCAUUCCUGUCCUUCCUUUCCGUGCAACAAUGGGUAACAUGGCGAGUGUCGAGAUCAAUCCUUCCGAUGAACUAUUGCGACCACUCGGAUUCAUGACAAGAGACAUUGUCAGAUUUUCACCAGAAAAACAAGCAAUGGUCGUAGGUGUUGCUCAAGGAAAACCAGCUGUUAUAUGCGAAGGUGCAAAUGAGAUUGCUUUGAUAGAAGCAGACAUAACAUGCCACCCAAUUAUAUCUAGACCUGGUGUUCAUUUGUUUGUUGGAACUGAUGAAAAAGGAAAUUCAAUAUCUGUCGAUCCAAGUGAGAAAGAAACGCUUAGAUUGGGUGGUUUCAUGUAUGGAGAUAUCUUGGAUGAUGAUUCUGUGGUUGUUGGAGCAAGAUGCAACGCGAUUUGGACACUUAAAGACGGAAUAAUACAAAAGAGAGACCAUACGACCCUGAAUAUAAAGAAGAGAAAGGCUCACGAUGUAAUUGUUAAAACAAUGGGUGAUGGAUCAAGAUACGUUUUAGAUUCAAUGAAAGAAGAUGGAAUUGUAGUAAUACAUACAACAUAUGGUGCAGGAACAUUGAUGGGAAAGGUCGGAAAACUGUUUUGUUAUGAGUUUGUCGAUAAAAAUAAGUGUACAUUGAUGGAUUCUUCAUUUCCAGUGGUCAGAUUGUCGCCUUCUGCAAACAUGAAGGUAGAAUACCUCUUAAAUAAUGGUGAAAGAGUAUUCGUAGAUAUUUCUGACUCUAAAGAAUUCAUUCCUUUGGAUAGAGUUAAAAUUUCUCACAAAAAUUCAAUGGGCUCUCAAAAAUUGAAUGAAAAAUACCAAGAAGAAAAAUCGCAAGAAAUUAAUAAUUCCAAUAAUUCAGAUGAAUUCGGUACUGUUGUUGGUUCUUAUGAAAAUAUGAUCGUUGUUCGGACAGAUAAGGAACAUCUUAGAGGAGGAACUGUUACUCUUUACAAACCAUCAGAUUUGAAACUUAUGGCCAGAAUUCUUAAAAAUGCAAAUCAGAAUUAUAAAUUUAAAGGCCAGGAUAUAGUUUUAGAUGUUUCAGUCUCAAAAUGCAGCCAAAUAUAUCCUAAUGAUAGAAUAGAAGUUGACGGAAAAAGAGGAUACGUUGCUGGAAGCAAAGAUGGAACAAAUUACAUUUUAUUUGAUGGAGAUGAAGAAGUAACUCCACUUGAUAAAGAGUUUAUAUUGAUCCGAAGAUGCGUAGAUGUGGCAGGUCAUCAGUUAUACGGCUUCAAAGAUGUUGAUGUUUCAUUGAUGAACUUUGCAAUGUCAAUUAUGAAGCCAGGUGAUGUUAGAAAGCAUAUGGGAAUGAGAGUUCUGUUCUUGGGUUAUGAUAGAGACCAGAAAAUGAUAUUUAAGUCUUUAGAAGGAGAUACAUCGGGUAUGACCAACGAUUUGACUCCUUCUCUACUCGAUAUUGAAUAUAUAGAAGUUGAUAAAUGA